CCGGAAAUCAUACCUCUUAUUUUGGCAGCGAUAAUGAACGGGCUUAACAGGGGAAGCUUGGGCCAAGCAAGCGUACAUUUGAGUACUCACAUAACCAGAUAGGCAACCUCAUUUCUCAAACGGAGAUACCAACCACAGCAGUGUCACUGACGGCCACCGAGUGACGUCCAACAUGUUGUCGGACAGCCACUCCUUCCUGAAGGGGGUGCUCCUUGGAGCACUCUUCUGCUUGGUGUUGGCAUUCGUUGGCACUUUAACCCCCAGUUAUUCUUUCACCGAAGAGGACAACCACAAGCACCAUCAUGUCAAAGCGCCCAGCAAAGACGAGCUUCGAGGCCUGACAGAGAAUCAGAUGGAGGAACUUACCAAACAGGUGCGAGUCUAUUGCCUUAUUAUGGUCCAUCCUAAGGUUCUGCAGCAUUGGGCCACAGUCAAAGACACCUGGAGCAAACACUGUGAUAAGGCAGCCUUCUACAGCUCAGAGGCCUUCAAGGAGCUUGAGGCAAUAGACCUAAAGGAACCAAAUGAAUGGGCCAGACUCCGCAAGGCUCUCAAACAUGCCUAUGACAAUGCCGGGGAUAUCCGCUGGUUUUUUAUCGCAAGACCUACUACAUUCGCCAUCAUUGAGAACCUGAAAUACCUUGUAUUGGCUAAGGAUCCCAGUGAACCAUUCUACAUUGGCCAUGCUAUGAAGUCCGGAGAACUGGACUAUGUUGAGUAUGAAAGCGGUAUUGUCCUUAGCUAUGAAGCUCUAAAAAGGCUUAUGAACGUGUUUCAGGAUGGUGAGAAAUGUCCAGAGACUGAGAGUAGCCUGUGGAAGGUCACUGAGGAGAAGCAGCUGGCCAUAUGCCUGAAGUACACUGGAGUGUUUGCUGAGAACGGGGAAGAUCUGGAAGGAAAGGGACUUUUUAAUAGCAAAAGUGUGGAGCGCCUCAUCACUGAUAGCCUUCAAAACAACCCCUCAAAUGUCGUGGAGGGCUGCUGUUCAGACCUGGCCAUCACAUUCAGUGGAAUGUCUUCGAAUCAGAUGCAAGUCAUGAUGUUUGGCGUGUACAGACUUCGUCCCUAUGGACACAAUUUUAAUGACAUGCUGCUCUUUCAACCUCCUGAGGGUUCGGACAAUGACUAAUCUGUUUUGUACUUUUUGUGUCUGAUCAUGAAAUUAUGAUUCUCUCCAUGUCUGUGUAAAUGUUUUUGCGAAGGUGCUUUUUUCUUAAUUUACUUUUUACCAAGGAAUGGUGGAUCGGGAUAAGAUUAAUAUUUAAAUCUGAUUUUAAAAUUGGUCCUAAUAUUGGAUUUUCUUAACAAUGUGAUCAACAGUCUGAGAAUUGUUGUGAGAUUUGUUCUUUUAUGCAUGUUCCAUAAAUCAACAAUUGUAAUUACAUCUCUAUCGACAUUUAUACUAUAGUAAAAAAUAAGUGGUUUUCAA